UCUGUUCUCUCUUUCGCCCGCCUUUCCAAUUUCAUCACAUUUUCUCCGGCAUAAGCAUCCCAUACCUCACCAACUCUCUCUUAUCUCUCCCUCACAAUGAACAAUCUUCUCCACUGCAUCAUUUUCACAGUCUUCUGCAUCUUAUUCUUCAUCCCUUUAUCACACUGUGACGAUGAGCAGUUCGAGAUAUGCAGUCGCUCCUACAAUUUCUCAUGUGGGCCGAAUUUUAAGCUGAAUAAUAUAUCUUAUCCUUUCUGGGGAAAAGAUAGGCCACCGCAGUGUGGUCGAGCAGAAUUCGAGCUCACAUGUGAGGACAUCUAUCACCCGAUACUAAAUUCUCCGCCCCAAAAGUUUCGAGUUUUAUACGUCAACACAGCUGCUCAAACAGUGACAAUUUCAAGAAAAUAUCUCCCUCGGAACUUUUCUUAUUGUGUUGACAGAUCCGAAGUUAGCGUUGAUUUCAACCGAUUUCUUUACAGCUACAGCUCAAACGUUGGAAACCUAAGCUUAUUCUUUAGCUGCACUGAUGAAACCCAGCUGGGUCCAAAUAAUUAUACUUGAUAUCAGCUUGGAAUUAAAGCGAGGAGAGGCUUUUACACCAUUGAUGACGAGUUGGAUCAUUUUCCGAAUCAUACUGAGACUGUAACAUGCAGCGAGGUUACAAAUGUUCCAAUUCGGUUCAUUGAACAUCUUGUUUAUCAGGAACCUCGAGAGUACCUGGAGUGGCUGAAAGCCAUUUUAAAUGAGGGGUUAGAAGUGAAGUAUGAGGCGGAGAACGGACUCUGUUCAGCAUGCGGAUCUUCAGGCGGGAUAUGCGGAUCUAAUGUGUCAAAUCCGGAGGAAUUCGUGUGCCUUUGUCGUGAUAAACCUCACCCUGAUAUUUGUCCUGGUAAAGGAAUUGUUUCAGAAUUAUUCCUGCAAGUCCUUCGUUUACGCCCCCCUGAAUGUUGAAACCGGCGCCAAUCUGUGGUAUAUGAAUUAUGCUGACAUUCUGAAGAUGGGGUUCCUCCUGAAUUGGACUGCACAUAGUUGCAGCAAUUGUGAGGCAAGUGGUGGGCGAUGUGGGUUCAAUAAUGAUAUAUUCGUUUGCUUUUGCCAAGAUAGAACUCAUCAUAAAACAUGCCAUGACGUGAAUGAUUCAGGCAACUCUCUUAAUUUGGGACGGAAGCUUGGAAUAGGCAUUGUUUCUUCAAUAAUUGGAAUAAUCAUCAUGAGUAUAAUCAUCUGCAUAUGCAAAAGGAAGAAAAUGUCAUCAAUUGUGUCAAACUUCCUUUCCAGGAAUAUGACAAAGAAUGUAGAUUUUGAGGCCUUCAUUCGAGAUUAUGGGUCUGUAGCUCCUAAAAGACAUAGCUAUUCAGAAGUUAAGAGAAUGACCAACUCAUUCAAAGAUAAACUAGGCCAAGGAGGUUAUGGUGGUGUGUACAAAGGGAAGUCAUUGGAUGGAAAUAUUGUAGCAGUGAAGCUCCUAAAUGCCUCAAAAGGGAAUGGUCAAGAAUUCAUUAACGAAGUUGCAAGCAUUAGUAGAACAUCUCAUGUUAAUGUUGUUAGACUACUUGGUUUUUGUUUAGAGGGCAACAAGAGAGCUAUAAUCUAUGAAUUCAUGGUGAAUGGUUCCUUGGAAAAAUUCAUAUACAAUGAGAAAAAUUUGCAAGCUAGUCAAUGUUUAGAAUGGGAAAAAAUGUAUGAAAUCACCAUAGGAGUAGCUCAAGGAUUAGAGUACUUGCAUCGCGGUUGCAGCACAAGAAUUUUGCAUUUUGACAUAAAGCCUCACAACAUUCUUCUUGAUGAAAAUCUGUGUCCAAAGAUCUCUGAUUUUGGCCUUGCAAAAUUAUGCCUCAACAAGGAAAGCAUUGUAUCGAUGUUAGAGGCUAGGGGGACAAUUGGGUAUAUUGCUCCAGAAGUAUUUAGUAGAAGCUUUGGAGAAGUUUCGCAUAAAUCUGAUGUUUACAGCUACGGAAUGAUGAUCUUAGAGAUUGUUGGAGGAAGAAAAAGCCAAGAUGUAGAAGGUAUUCUUCAUUCUAGUGAAAUGUAUUUUCCGCAUUGGAUUUACAAGCGUGUUGAGCAAGGCAAAGAGUUAAAAUGGCAUGGGGUUAAAAACAGUGAGGAAAAUGAAAUUGUGAAGAAGAUGAUUGUUGUUGGUUUAUGGUGCAUACAGACUCGACCAUCGGAUAGGCCAUCCAUGAAUAAGGUAUUAGAAAUGUUACAAGCAAGUUCUGAAGUGUUGCCAAUUCCACGUGAGCCUUUUUUAUCUUCAUCUUCUUCUAGGCUACCAAUAUAUUCUUCAACUGUAUCUAUGUCAUGAAAUCAUCCUUGGAAAAAUAUAAUGCAUAGGUUUCCUUUUGUAGUCUCUGUAUCUGAUAUGGCAAAAAUUAAUAGUUUAUAAAGGGCCUUGUGAACCGA